CCGCCUGACUUAAUAGUGAUUGUCCAGAGGCUGGGCGAGAAGUGAUUUGGUUUAUCUGCUUUUCUUUCUGUGUGCCCAGCUUCUUCGAAGCUGUUGUUGUUUACAGGUGGUUGAAUAUACGACUCGUUUUUAUCAUCUCUUUAAUGGUCGGUUCCUAUUAGCGGAAGUUUCCAGUAACUCUGUCUGAAGCCCAACGUGGCCACCUCCUCAGCCUGAACGAUGAGACCCAGGGGAUUUUAUGUUUAUCAGUUUUUAGGAAGCAACACUAGUAGAGGAUAUAAAUUUUACUGACCGCUAUGAGCUGCAAUGAUUGUUUACAAAAUUAGACAAGAGAGAAAUGACUCUUGGUUGGUUCAAGAAGACACAUAGAAGGAAGCAGCUUUAAGUCUGUUGGCUCAUAACUUGGACCAAACACCUGAUCAAGUGGAUUUUUGCUCUCCGGUUUGUUAGAAAGGCCUUUCCUGUGUUCACUGAUGGAGCAGUGGAGGUGAGCCGGUUCGCCCCGUCUCACCAUGCUGGCUCUGACUGUGGAGCAGGGCAGGCGGGGAAUGGAUGAGGCCAGCACCGUUCGGCAGGGCCGGCCGGCAGGGCAGCGGGUCAACAUUAAGGAGAAGAUCUCCCAGUGGGAGAGUCGGACCCAACAGAGCAGCAGCAGAGAUGGAGGAGUCAAAGCACACCCUCCCGUUGUGUGCAGAACGCUGUCCAGUGACCUUCUGGGGAACGGAUAUUCCAAUGAAGGCUUGGGAGUCGGAAUUCAUGCCAGAGAUAGCCGCUCAAGAGCAAAAAGUACAGAGUUAGACUUCAGGGAAUCUCCAGCUCACGACAUCCACAGCGUGGCUGCUCGAAAGUCAGAUCUGUUCAAGAAAUCCUCUACUUCAUUUUCAAACCCAUCUCCUGGAAAACACAGCACAGCAAAAACUUUUGCAUCUUCCAAAUUUAACACAGACACCCUUUCUUCAGCCUACCCAGUCUUUUCAGCCAACAGCGACCCCAAACCAGAUCUCCUUCCUGACAUCUUAAUCGUCUCCAAGCCUCUACCUCCUUCAGCUGGCGAUCAGGAUGACAACAUGCCUGCUGGAAACUUCUACACGUCUCGGGGUUUCUGGAGGAAGCUGGAGGGAGACAGACUACUGUGGGAGAACAGCAGGAGCAACGCAGGCGAUAUGCUGCCCCCUCCCAAACCCCAGCGCACAUUCCAGUACCGCGGGACCAGCAACAACACGAAGCCGUGCUGGGACAGCGGCUCUCCUCACAACAACAGCAGUUUCAACCUGAGGAGCAGGAGGGUGGUGAAGCCGCCGAACUUCCCACCUCCACCGUGUCCUGUCAUCCAGACCGAAGGGCUGUCCAGGCAUAAGAAGAACAGGAAGUCGUUUGAGUAUGAAGAUGCGGCUCGCCUGACAGCGCAGCAGGGCACUGUGGGAAACGGAGAUGUCCACCCCGACCUCUACCAUGCCUACUCUGAUGACAAUAUUUAUGAGGAUAUUGUGUGUGAUGGGAUCAGGGAUUACCCCUAUGAAGAUGUCAAGCUGUCCGCUAUGUGUCUUCCUAUAAGGCCCCCAGGUCCAAAGUUUUCUCCUAAAGGUCAGACGUUGCAUGAAUACGCUGGGAAAGUGGACAAGAACGUAUUUCAGGUGUUGGCGUCCAAAUCCUCAACUUUUACAGAAUCUGCUAAAUCAGCAUCGCCUCGAUACAGCAGCGCUCAGAAAGCCCACGGGUCUCCUCAGUAUAUCUCCAAGAUUGAGACCAUUUUUGAUGACAAACGAGGCAGAAAAAGAGUGAAGAACCAAGGGCCCUUUGCACGAGCAGAGGAGACCAGCGGGACAGAGAGCGAUCCAGAAGACAACACUAAAGCAGGAAGGUCCGUUUACAUCCAGUCCACACUGAGGCGACGGCCCGGGUAUCGCACCCUGGAGAGGGACCUGAUCCAGCUGCAGCAGCAGAAGCAGCAGCUCUUCCAGAUCUUUGUGGUUGUGUCGCUACGGAAAAACGCCACAGGAAACAUGUACUCCCCUGAAAUUACUCAGCAGUUCCCAAAAAUGUUUGAAAAGUCGUCCCGUCUCUCCAGAGAAGCUGAGGAUCAACUCAACGUGAUUCCCAAGUUCUGCUUCCCGGACCCCCAGGACUGGAAGCCAUCUGCACACACACCCAGUGAGACCUUCUCCUUUGUCCUCACCGGAGAAGAUGGGAGUCGCUGGUUUUGUUACUGCCGUAAGAUCCUGCCCAAUGGAAAGGGGAAGAGGCUUCCUGAGGUGCACUGCAUUGUCAGCAAGUUGGGCUGUUUCAACCUGUUUGCUAAGAUCCUGGAGGAGGUGGAGCGGCGCAGAGAGAUUUCUCCGCCACUGGUUUAUACAUUCAUGCGCAGCGUGAUGGAGGCCCCGUUCCCGGCCCCCGGACGCACCGUCAAUGUAAAGAGUUUCCUCCCCGGCUCUGGAAAUGAGGUUCUGACUCUGUGCCGACCGGUGGACUCCAGGCUGGAGCAUGUGGACUUCGACAGCCUGCUGCAGUGUCUCAGUGUGGGGAAACUCCUGCAGGUGUUUGCUUCCCUCCUGCUGGAGAGGAGAGUCAUCUUUAUUGCUGAUAAACUCAGUGUGCUGUCCAGGUGUGGCCACGCCGUGCUGGCGCUGCUCUACCCCUUCACCUGGCAGCACACGUUUGUCCCGGUGUUACCAGCCAGCAUGCUGGACAUCAGCUGCUCUCCCACGCCGUUCCUCAUUGGUGUGCUGGCUCCGUGUUUGCCAGAGGUGCUGGAGCUGCCCAUCGAGGAGGUUCUCAUUGUGGAUCUGUGUGCUGACAGGUUUGUCAUACAGCUCGGAGAUGAAGACUGCAUUCUGCCCAGCAAACUUCAGGCGGCGCUGCAACAGGUCCUGGAGGACAGAGAGGACAUCCUGAGACAGGACAGCAGAGACGCAUGUGGAGAGCGGCCGGCCGACCUGAGCGCCCUGUUGUCCGAGGCUUUCGUCCGGUUCUUCGUGGAGCUGGUGGGCCACUAUCCUCUGCACAUGGUGGAGGCUGCUGGCGGAGCCAAGGAGCUGCAGAGGGAAAGUUUUCGCAAGUCUCAUCCCUCACGAGGAGUCCGGCAGUUCCUGCAGCUCUUCAUGGAGACACAGAUGUUUGCCGGCUUCAUCCAGGACAAAGAGCUGCGCAAGGGAGGAGGGAGAGGACUCUAUGAGUCCAGAGUGACUGAGUAUCUGGAUUCGCGUCUAGAACCCGAGCCGAGCGGCGUGAACAAGUUUCUCAAAGGACUGGGAAACAAGAUGAAGCUGCUCCAGAUGAAAUGACAGAAAACGUUCAGUCAUCAUUCACCAGAGGAGAGACUCCAGGUUCAAAACCAGAGCAAGCGUUUCUGCUGGGUGGCUCAAGGAACCAGAUGUGGAAAGUCUUCAUGCUGGGUUGGAAACCCGCAUGUCCGAUGGCACCACACACACCUCGGAUCAGAACUCGGAAGUGGAAACACUUCACUGUCUGUCUCCUCCUCAGAGCCGUUCACUGAGAGUCAGGCGUUGCGUCUUGGUGAAAGUAAAAUAACGAUCCAGCUACUGAGACUCUCAGGUUUAACCUGUGGUUGUGAUUAUGAGCUCCAUUUUAAUGGAAACUGUUUACUUUGAACUUCCAGUCAGGAACAUGUAACUUGUCAGUCCUGUAAGUACUUUAAAAUUGUGAAUAACGUGUGGUUCCAACCUGGAGGAUUUUAUUGUUCUCUUUUACGUACAACCUGUUAUUGUUGCUUCUCUUUCUACUAAAAGCUAAAAUCUUUCUGCUUCCAUUUUCUCUAAUCAUUUACAUUUCAGAUCCAUCUGAAGGAUCUCGACUCUCACAACGUUUACUAUGUGAAUUCAUGUUUGAUUUUGUACCUGCUGUCCUUGAAUUUCUGCAUAACUGGAUUUUUCUUUUUCUUUUUUUUUUACAUUUUGCACAUGCUCAAGACUGUUGUACAGUGUUAAUAAAACAUUUUUUAUAAA